AAGCAACUCAGUGAUAACAACCAACAAGCAUUUUGAAUUGAAGCGCCUGUUUGACCUCUCACUAGCAGAGAACCACAAUGCCAGUUAUAGGUGAUAUGGUGACUUCACCAAUAGAUUCAGAGGCGUACGACUACGACUCCGGCUUCACCCCCACGGUUAGCGAGGAUGACUUUAUGUGCGACAAAUCUGCCGUCAGGGCUUUCCGAGGCCAGUACGAACCGCCUCUCUACUGGACCAUCUUCAUCCUGGGAGGCCUGGGCAACCUGACCGUGAUGUGGAUCUACCUGCACUUCCGCCAGCGUCUCAAGACCAUGACUGAUGUCUACCUGUUGAACCUAGCUGUGGCCGACCUCUUCUUCCUGGGCACUCUACCCUUCUGGGCCGUGGAGGCCAGCAAUGGAUGGUACUUCGGCUUGGGCCUCUGCAAGGUCAACUCGGCCCUCUACAAGAUCAACUUCUUCAGCAGCAUGCUGCUGCUCACCUGCAUCAGCGUCGAUCGCUACGUGGUCAUUGUCCAGACCACCAUGGCCCAGAAUUCCAAGAGACAGCGGCUGAGCUGCAGCAAGUUGGUGUGCGCCUGCGUCUGGCUACUGGCCGUGGCGUUGGCCCUGCCCGAGUUCAUGUUCGCCAACGUCAAGGAGCUGGAGGGCCGGGACUACUGCACUAUGGUCUACUGGAGCAACGAGAACAACCGCACCAAGGUCCUGGUCCUGGCGCUUCAGAUCUGUAUGGGCUUCUGCCUGCCCCUCCUGGUGAUGCUGUUCUGCUACACCGGCAUCAUCCGCACCCUGCUCAAAACCCGCAACUUCCAGAAGCACAAGGCGCUGCGCGUGAUCAUGGUGGUGGUGGCUGUGUUUGUCCUCUCCCAGUUGCCGUACAACAGCGUGCUGGUGGUGGAGGCCACCCAGGCAGCCAACAGCACCGAGACGGACUGCGACGCGGCAAAGCGAUUCGACGUGGUCGGCCAGGUGCUGAAGAGUCUGGCCUACACGCACGCCUGCCUCAACCCCUUCCUGUACGUGUUUGUGGGCGUACGCUUCCGCAGAGACGUCCUCAAGCUUCUCCGCAUCUACCGCUGCUGGCCGGCCCAGGGGGUCCUCAGCAAGAUCCAGGGAGGCCCCGGGCGCUCAUCAGCCAUGUCCGACACGGACACCACACAGGCACUCUCGCUUUGAAGGCACGGUCAUAGUACAAACUUUUGCGUGCGACCAGAAGUCUCUCAUUACA